AACGGCUCUGUCCGGUAGGGGGCAGUAAUGCGCCUCUCGCUGCUGAUCGUGCGCCAGACUCGUCUCGAGCAGAAGAAGGAAGUGACAUUUUCAACUGUCCUUGUGCUGGAGCGGCUUCCUGAAGGAGAAGUUAUCACAAUGUUUAGGCACUUAAGGAGCCUGCAGCAGGUCUCCAGACGGACUCUGUCCAGCUCUGCUCGCAGACCGCUGGAGAACAAGGUCCCUCACAAGCAGAAGCUGUUUCAGGAAGACAAUGGCAUGCCAGUUCAUCUGAAGGGAGGAUCGACAGAUGCUCUCUUGUACAGAGCAACCAUGGCUCUUACUGUCUUUGGGUCUGGUUAUGUGCUGUAUACACUGAUCGAUGCAGCGCUGCCCAAGAAGAAGAACUGAACGUGCUUCUCUGUUCAUGUGUCUGAGCUGUAAAGAUCUCUAAAGAUCUCUGUGUGUCCUGUCACUUAUUUUCAUUACAUUGGAUUAAUAUUUAUUGAUUGUACUGUAAAGAGCAAUCAUUAAUUAUGUAAUAAAACCUUCCACUGGCCGUCUGUGUUUGAAGAUUUCCUCUCAACCGUAUUUUCACAAUAUUUCAUUAGAUUUAAAGUUAUGAUGCACCAGAAGUAGUUACAGAUCUGGUCUUCCAUCCUGUGAUGGGCGGGGCUUUGGUUCUGUGCGCUGGUUCUUGAUUGGAUGUUGAUGUGUGGGCGUGGCUCUUAAAAAGGCAGGGGCGGGGCUUAUGCAUCACCAAAACAUGUCUGUUGUUUUAAUCUCUGGUCCAGUUAUGACACUGAUAUAAGUGCAAUAAAUAAAUAAAAAUGUUAAA